AUGUUGCAGAUCGUGCCUGGUGCCUUCGAUGCAGCGCUGUGCCGUUUCCCUACCGAAGGGCUCCAGCGCAAUGCGCCGGGUUUCAAGUCCAUCCCAGUGCGUGCGAGCGCAUGCUCGACCGAGGCCCUUUUAGAGGCCUGGACGGUUGUAUUACGAUAUUACACAGGGAGCGACCUCCUUUCGUUCGGUCUGGCUGACAGCACGGUUGCCGAUGCUCGAUGGUUCGCAGUGUGCCACGGUGAAAUCCCGGUCGACGCUGCCCUGGAGCAGCUGCAGCCGUCGGUUCAACAGCCGUCAGAGGAUGCCUCAACCACUCAGAGUUUCGCGGAAUGGGCGGCGCUGAGUACAUCCUUCAAUACUCUGGUGUGGAAGUCAGCGCAUGCCGAUCAACCACAUCUUUCCGAGCUCGAUACCACCCAUUUCUCUCUCAUACUUUCUGUACUCGAUUUAACAGAAGAGCUUCGGGUCACUCUCCAUUACGCCGCCCAAGCCAUCGGCGACAGCAUAGCAGCAGCAGUCGCUGACGCAGUCGCGAGAGCGACAGAAGCAAUCCGAGACGCACCACAUACCACAGUUGGGGAGGUAGAUCUCUUCGGCCCAACUUCCUGGGCACGGCUCCAGGAGUUGAACGCGACUGUUUCUCCGACGAUAGAAGCUUGUUUGCAUGAGCUGAUCGACGAAACCGCGAAGUUAUACCCAGAUCGCACAGCGCUGGAGUGCUGGGAUGGGUCCGUAUCAUACUCGGAACUGGUAGAGUACACUUCGCGACUGGGCAGAUUCCUCAUCUCCCAGGAUGUCGGACCGGAGGUCUUCGUGCCCGUUUGCUUCGACAAGUCCCUGUGGGCUGUAGUCUCCAUGCUGGGUGUGCUCAAGGCCGGGGGAGCGUUCGUUUGCAUCGAUCCCGCCCAACCCACAGAACGUCUGAAGACAAUCAUUAGCGAAGUAGAAGCCAAUUUGACCCUCACAUCGCCUGGCUAUGUGGAAAUGGUGUCUCCAAAUGUGUCGCAAGUCAUCGCGGUGGACAGAGACUUCAUCCAAAGUCUGCCACCUUGCUUGGACUUCCCUAAGCGUGCCAGUCCCAGCGAUGCGAUCUUCGCAAUCUUUACCUCCGGCAGCACCGGGAAGCCGAAGGGGAUCGUUCAUGAACACCGUGCAGUGUGCUCCAGUAUCAACGCACACAGUGAACGACUGAAUAUCGACAGCACUACCCGGACGUUCCAAUUCGCAGCUUAUACCUUCAUUGUGAACACCUUCGAGCUGUUCACCCCGCUGGUCAAGGGUGGAUGUGUUUGUGUUCCUUCUAAGGAGGACAGACUCGGCCGUACAACGGCGGCAAUGCGCGAGCUCAGCGCAAACUGGUUUUGCACUACGCCCUCCUUCCUCCGAUCGAUCAAACCAGAAGAUGUUCCAGAUAUCAAGACUCUGCUUCUGGCUGGAGAACCGGUGCAGCAGGACAACCUCGACACGUGGCGCAGUCGAGUGCGGAUGCUGAACAUGUAUGGUGCAAGCGAAGCUUCCGUCUGCGUGACAGGUGAGCUCUCUGGACCUGUCGAGCGAUCCACAAUCGGACAUGGCACUGGCGUCGCUGCUUGGGUGGCAGACAUCAACGACCAUGAUCGCCUGGCCCCCAUGGGUGCGACCGGUGAGCUGGUAGUUGAAGGCCCCGUGCUGGCUCGGGGGUACAUUCACCAACCAGAGAAGACGGCUUCGGUCUUCAUCUCAAGAACACCUUGGCUGAGGGAUAUUCGGGGCGAAACAUCAUCCGCUCGGGCUUACAAGACUGGUGACUUGGUGCGAUUAGGCAGCAAUGGUCAAAUCAACCUGGUUGGACGCAAAGAUAUGCAGGUGAAGUUGCGCGGCCAGCGUAUCGAAUUGGAGGAGGUGGAGUUCCAUCUGCGUCAGGCGUUGCCUCGCGGUACGGAGGCAGCGGUAGGCCUUGUCAAGCCAGUCGAUCAGCAGGACCGACCGAUGCUUGUGGCUUUUGUGGCGCUCAGGAAGGGGUUCGAUGGCGAGUUCCAACAUCCUGACCCGGAGUCAGCGGAAGAUCUCGAGGCAUUGACCCAGAACUGGAGGAGAAAACUUUCCGCCGCGGUUCCCACCUACAUGAUUCCUUCGACAAUGGUCAAAUUGAACCAUAUGCCCUUGUCUCCAUCCGGGAAAACCAACAGAAAGGCUAUCAGUGAUUUCGCCUCACAGUUGACCGUGGCUCAGCUGACGGGUGCGACCAAGAAGGAUCACCGCGAACCUGCGACCGCGACUGGAGUGGCACUUCGCAAGAUCUGGGCCGAAGUCCUGCAGAUCGAGGAGGAAUCCAUCUCGGCCGGUGAUGAUUUCCUGCAGCUGGGCGGUAACUCCAUUGAUGCCAUGAAACUGGUCAAUCUCUGCGUGUCUGGGAAUCUUGGCUUGAGUGUGGCAGAUGUCUUUACCCAUCCGAAUCUGGACGAUAUGGCAAAGGCUUCCAAGAUGCUUGAUAGCCUCAAACCCUUUGAGGAUAUUCCCUUCUCUCUGCUUCACUCAAGUGAAGACCUCGAUCGUGUGCUCCAUGCGGCAGCCGAGCAAUGCCGUGUCAACAAGUCCGCCGUCGAGGACCUGUAUCCUUGUACGGCUAUGCAGGAAGGCCUCAUGGCACUCUCUGAUAGUCGCGAUGGAGUGUACAUGGCUCAACAUACUCUGGCUUUAGGUCCAAGCAUUGACCUGGAACGAUUCAAGCAAGCAUGCCAGGACGUGGUAACUGCGCAUCCGAUACUUCGGACGCAUAUCGUCUACCGUCAGCAGUCGGUCUCGCUGCAGGCUGUCAUUCAAAAGGCGAUUGACUGGCGCACCGGCGAAAGCCUUGAAGAGUAUCUGGACAACGACAAGAGGCAGCCAAUGGGAGCGGGAGAUGCUUUGACCCGCUACGGCCUUGCCCCUAGGGAGAGCGGAUGGACCUUCAUAUGGACUGCCCAUCACGCGGUCUAUGACGCCUGGACAUUGGAUCUCGUCUUCGAGCGUAUUGACAAGGCAUACAAGGGUCAGCAGCCCACUCGAGAUACGACCUUCAAGGCCUUCAUGAACCACGUGGUACAUACGGACACGAAUGCUUCCAAAGAGUUCUGGGAGCAGUAUCUCGCUGGCGCGGUGCGGAACGAGUUCCCAUGCACUGUGUCCACGGCGAAACAGCCAGUCUCAGACUCCACUGCGGUAUAUGAGAUGGUUCUUCCUCGCACAGAUAGCCUGCCGGGUAUCACGAUGGCGUCUAUGAUCCGUGCAGCCUGGGGUAUUUUAAUUGGAUCUCAUUCCGAGUCUGAGGAUGUGGUUUUCGGAACCAUUGUCUCCGGCCGUAACGCGCCUGUGCCGGAUAUCGACCGUCUGGUUGGCCCUGGUAUCGCUGCCGUGCCUGUGCGGGUCAAAGUUCCCAGCGAUCCCACGACCACCGUGAGAGAGUUUGUGGGCAACCUGCAGGCCGAGGCGGCUAAGAUGAUUGCGUUUGAGCAAUUGGGACUGCAGAACAUCGGUCGUCUGAACUCAGAGGCAGCCAGCGCUUGCGACUUCCAGACUCUGCUUGUGGUCCAGCCCGCCAAAGACAAACCAACGGUCAAGGAACCGGACUUGACAGCUGUUUCAGAUGCUGACGCCAAUUUUGGAACAUAUGCCCUCACCCUGGAAUGCACUUUGCAGGCUAACGGCCUGAAGUGUGCCGCUCACUUCGACUCCAGUCUCAUUGCUGCGGAUUACGUCCAACGAAUCCUCGCACAACUGGAGCACCUUCUCCAACAGUUCUGCACCGCGACUACAGACACCAAGCUGGAGGAUCUCACCUUCAUCAGUGCCAAAGAUGAAGAGAGCAUCCGGGAAUGGAACCAACAGAUUCCAGCCCCGGUCCAUAAGACUAUCCAUCAAUUGAUCGAAGAGCGGAUUGCGGAGCAUCCAAGCAAGGAGGCUGUCUGCUCGUGGGAUGGGUCCUUCUCCUAUGCAGACUUGCACAGCCAUUCAGCCCGCUUGGCGCACCACCUGGCUGAGCUCGACGUCCAGCCUGAGGAUUUUGUUCCCUGUUGCUUCGAGAAGAGUCGAUGGCCAGUAGCUGCGAUGCUUGGUGUCAUGCGUGCUGGCGGUGCUUUCUUGAACAUUGACCCCUCGCAGCCAAAGAGUCGCAUUCAGCUUAUGAUUACCAAGCUGAAAGCGAAGACUGUUGUUUGCUCCCCGGAGCAACAUGAGCUUUGUUUGUCUUUGAGUUCGGAUCUUAAUGUGGUUGUCUUGUCUGCAGAGACACCGACAGACCCUGCCACUCGUGGGCUCCCCCCAACAAGUGUCGGCCCCGAGAACGCAGCCUAUGUCAUCUUCACUUCUGGAAGUACAGGAGAGCCUAAGGGUACGGUGAUCCAACACGGCGCCUACGCCUCGGCAUCCACAACCCAUGCAUCGACAAUGUUGAUGGAUGAAACUACUCGUGCUUUGCAAUUUGCUUCCUUCACUUUCGACGCUAGCUUGGUCGAGAUCCUCACCACGCUGGUAGUCGGCGGUUGCGUGUGCGUGGCGUCCGAGGAGCAACGCAAACGCGACGUUACAGAGGCAAUUCGAGAGACCAACUGCAACUGGGCUGCUCUGACACCCUCUUUCGUGAACCUCCUCAACCCUGAUGACGUUCCGUCCUUGAAGGUACUUGUUCUGGCUGGUGAGGCUAUGUCACAAUCUCACAUCGAGACGUGGGCGCAUCGACUUCGUCUGGUCAACGCUUACGGCCCCAGUGAAUGUUGUGUCUGCAGUACGAGCAACUGGGAGAUCACUAGCGCGUCAAGCCCUAGGAACAUCGGGCGGGCAUGCUCUGGUGCCACAUGGGUUGUCAUGCCAAACAACCACCACAGGCUGGUACCGGUGGGGAGCGUUGGAGAGCUUGUAAUGGAAGGCUGGAACAUGGGCCGGGGAUAUCUUGCAGAGCCUGCCAAAACACAGGCUGCGUUUGUUGAGAACCCGAGAUGGCUGAAUAAGAGGGAUACCACACGGCCUCCUGUUGUGUACAAGACAGGCGAUUUGGUACGCUACAACUCGGACGGUACGCUGAGCUUCCAGCGUCGGAAGGACACUCAAGUCAAGCUGCGAGGACAACGUAUCGAGCUGGGAGAAAUCGAGUAUCGCAUCAAGCAGAGCUUACCGAACAAGCCCGAUGCCAUCGUCGACAUUCUUUGCCCUAAGGACGCUUCCAGUCAGCCUCGACUGGUGGCUUUUCUUCCUGUGCCCAUUGAGGAAGUAUCUUCGUCGACCACCAUCGUUCCUCCACCCAGCAACCGCCAUUUGGCAGCAGUGUCGGGACUGGAGGACCGGCUGGCCGACUUCCUGCCCAUGCACAUGAUUCCGAGUGCCUACCUUCCAGUCAACUACAUUCCUAAGCUGCCCUCUGGAAAGGCAGACCGCAAGACAUUGAUCCGCUGCGGUAGCGAGAUGACUCAGAGACAGAUGGCAGAGUACACUGGGGCGACCGAAGCAUUGCGUCCUCCGACUACGGAGACGCAGCUUGCGUUGCAGCAACUCUGGGCCGAGGUGCUGAAGACGUCUGCCACGCAGAUCAGCCUCAACGACAACUUCCUCCGGCUGGGUGGUGAUUCCAUUACCGCCAUGCGAUUGGCGUCCGCAGCUCGUGCGCAGGGCAUCCCUCUGUCAACUGCCACUGUAUUUCAACAUCCGACCCUGGAGGCCAUGAGUGCAGUGGCUGAGACGCUGUCGCAUCAGCAGCGUCCCCUGACAUUUGAGCCCUUCUCGACACUCAAAUCCUUUACCAAGGAUCAGCUGUUGAACGAGAUCGUGCUGCCGCAGGUGGAUUCCCCUGCAUCUAACAUUGAAGACGUGCUCGAGGUCACCGACUUCCAAUCGCUUGCCAUUGGUGGUGGGCUCAACAAGACUCGCGGCUGGAGCAACUACCUUGUGUUCGACUUCAGUGGUCCAAUUGACCUGCGACGUCUACAAACAGCCUGCGAAGAGCUGCUGAGGAAACACGCAAUUCUGCGCACGGUGUUUGUGAAGGCUGAAUCUCAGCUCUGGCAGGUAGUCCUGCGGUCGGUUGUCCCCGAGUAUACAUUCCAUAUCCAGGAUGAGCAAGACCCAUCCGAGGCGCUGGUCCGCAAAGAUCUCGCUCGCCCACCCCGCCUGGGUGAGCCCAUUGUCCGGUUCAUGGUCAUCAAGAACGGGGCAAUCAGACACCGUCUCAUCAUGCGGAUCUCGCACGGGCAAUAUGACGGCUCCUCGAUGCCCCUCCUUAUGCAGGACCUCCGCAAGGCCUACCGAGGCGAGUGCCUGCAGAAGCGCCCCCAAUUUGCCGAUUUCGUGCGAAUGCAAUUACUCGCGAAUGAGGGCGCGGAGGCUUUUCACAAGCAGAUGUUGGCGGGGUCCACGAUGACAGCAGUGGUUGAACACACCAAGCCUUCUAUCACCAACGUCCUCAACACGAUGAUUGCUGCCAUGGUGCCCUUGGUCGCAUACAAGGACCAUGGUAUCACUGCGGCUACGGUGAUCAAAGCAGCAUGGGCGUUGGUGCUAGGAGAGAUGGCAACUACAUCCGAUGUGGUAUACGGCCACAUGGUAUCGGGUCGGAACCUAGGCCUCGACCAUGUGGAAUCCGUCAUGGGUCCUUGUCUUAAUAUUGUGCCUGUCCGGGCGGACAUAAAGGCAGUAGGCACGGUCCUCGAGUUGCUACAAAUGAUCCAGCAGCAGCAGACGGAUACCAUCCCGCACGAGGGCCUUGGCUUCCAGCACAUCAUAGAGCAGUGUACCGAUUGGCCCAGCGCAACGCGGUUCAGCUCGGUCUUCCAGUACCAGGAAUUUGGCGCGGAAGAGGAUCCCACCCAGCCAGUCUCGAUCGAAGGAAGCUUGAAAUGUGCUCCGGGCUUUAUCUGCCCAGCUCCCGAUGCUUGUGAUGUGUCAAUCCUGGCCACUCCGGUCGGCUCGCAGGUGCGAAUCGAGAUGAUCUUCUCGAGUCAUACCAUGUCGCAGUCGUUCGCGGAGGCGACGCUGAAGAAGCUGUGCGCGAAGGUGGAGACGAUAGCGCAGCAAGAUGUCAACACGCCACUGCCAUCUGCAGAGCAGCUCGCGUCGCGACAAGCUGUGCUUCCAUUGCCUGCGCCGGGCAAGAAUGUGGCGAAUGGACUCGUUGAGGGAGUUGUAGAGCAGAUGAUAAAUGGGAUCAACGCGAUGGGAGAGAUGAGCGGAAUGAAUGGGACGAUGGAAGGCGAGGAGGAGGAGAAGAAGAAGAAGAAAGAAGGAGGAGGACAGGCCGCCGAUCACGAGAUUAACUUGUUGGCCUCGGUGCCUAUAAAUUAA